AUGGGAGCUGAAGAAGAAAACAAUAAGAGAUGGCCUCAAUGGCUGAAACCUCUGCUUCGAGAGAAAUUCUUCGGACAAUGCAAAUUACACGCAGAUUCACACAAGAGUGAGUGUAACAUGUACUGUUUAGACUGUACCAAUGGUCCUCUCUGUUCUCUCUGCCUCUCCUCCCACAAGGAUCAUCACGCCAUUCAGAUAAGGAGAUCAUCGUAUCACGAUGUGAUAAGAGUAUCGGAGAUUCAGAAAUUUCUGGACAUAUCAGGAGUUCAGACAUAUGUGAUUAACAGUGCUAAGGUUGUCUUCUUGAACGAGAGACCUCAGCCACGACCAGGCAAAGGUGUGAUCAACACCUGCGAAGUCUGUUAUCGGAGCCUCGUUGAUUCCUUCAGAUUCUGCUCUCUUGGUUGCAAGAUUUCCGGAAUCGCGAAGAAAAGAAAGGAUUGGACGAACAAUCUUUCAGACUCGGAUGAUUCUUAUAGUAGUACUAGCAUCGGGAAGCUCAAGAAGAACGAUGAUAGUUUCACACCAUCAACACCGCCUCUAUCAGCCGUGAAUCGCCAAAUUGCAAAACGAAGGAAGGGAAUUCCGCACCGUGCUCCUUUUGGAGGACUAAUCAUCGAAUACUAA